AAACAUAAGAGCCUGAGGUAAAAAGAAGCAAGUAUGGCUGAGGGGGCAAUGGCCACACAUUCCUAUGCCCCCCUCCACUCAGCCCACCUCUAACAUAGCAAAGUAGUUUUGUUUAUUUUUUGUUUUCCUUCACGUGGAGGCCAGGUCACAGGAAGCCAUUUUGUCAGCACAUAAGAAUGCGGCUGCUGUGAGCGAAGUGUAUACGGCCAUGUCCUGAUAUAGAAAUCACCACAACGUGACGGAACACGAGCACACACACCGAGCAGCCCAGAAGAGCGCGCUGCCGGGAGGCCCCGCCCCGACCAAUCACGAGUCAGUAUGCUAAUGAGCCCUACACUCUGCCCUGUGCUACCCAAACACGGCUCUCAGAUAGGAGCUCAGCGUCCGGGCGACUCGUGUGUCCCUAGUAUCGCGGCAAUUCAUUACCAAUGUGGACUGCAUAACUGGGGAGGACAGGAAGCCUGCAGACAUGAAGUACAAGAAUCUAAUGGCAAGAGCUUUGUAUGAUAAUGUUCCAGAAUGUGCAGAAGAAUUGUCUUUUCGGAAAGGGGAUAUCCUAACAGUAAUUGAGCAAAAUACUGGAGGUUUAGAAGGGUGGUGGCUCUGUUCAUUACAUGGUCGACAAGGUAUUGCACCAGGAAACAGACUAAAACUUCUUAUUGGCCCUGUGUCAGACAUUUCUAAACAUGACAUUCCAAAGCAAGAAGCAUCACCUCAAUCCUGCUACCAGCAUCAAAUUUAUCAAGUGCCACAAAGCUCUUUACAGGAUUCUGUCUACCAGGUUCCUCCACCGCACCAUAGUCCUGCUAUGUUUAAGGCUUAUAGGAAUCAUGAUUUAGAAGACCUAAAACAAUCUCCGCAGUUAGUAGGAAAUAUGGAAGGUUCUCCAGGUGCUAAGGUCAUAACCCCAAUAAGGAUGGGACAGGGAUAUGGUUAUGAAGCUUCACCAAAGUGGCAAGCCAAUGUCUAUGAUACGCCUCCUGCUCGACCUCAAGGGGUAUAUGAUGUUCCACUAGCUGCCAAAAAUAGCAUGUACCCAAGUCCAGCCAGAGAACAAGGAAUAUAUGAUGUUCCUCCUCCCCAAGGGAUUUACAACAUAUUACCCUCUGCUAAGGAUAAAGCAUAUGACUUUCCAUCAUCGAUAAAGCAAAAGCCAGAAGUGACAUAUGACACACUGCCUCCAAGCUCUAAGACCUGUCAAGAGCAGUGCAAGAAAAUGAAUGGUGUUAGCCAGUUGCAUUCUGAGAUUACUUCAAGAAAAGGAAGCGUCUAUGACUUUCCUCGCAACCAUCUCAGUCAAAUAGCAUCAGAUGAUUAUGACUUUCCUCGAGGAGUUCACAUCUCUAGUGACACUGGAUCAGAUGACCAGGAAGGAAUCUAUGAUUUCCCACCUCAAGUUCAGCAAGACUGCAAAGGGAUGCAGGACGUAACUGAUGGUGUGAAUAGGUUGUCUUUCUCUAGCACUGGAAGCACUAGAAGCAACAUGUCUACAUCUUCCACAACUUCCAAGGAGUCAUCUGUGGCAUCAUCACCCUCUCAAGACAAGAAACUCGUAAUGGACCCAGACUCUGCAUUAGAGUUGUUGCUAAGACUUCAACAGACAGUGGAAAUAUCAGUGUCUAAGUUAUUAACUUUUGUUAAUGCCGAGUGGCGAUCAUAUGCUUACAUGGAAAGACAUAUAAAUGAAAUACAUUCUGCUGUAGACAAAGUAAAGCAGUCUCUUUAUGACUUUCUUCAGUUCUCAAAAGGGGCUACUAUAAAUGCUGCUUUUGUUUCAGAGCCUGGUCUGUAUAAUAAAAUGAAAAGGGAGCUGCAGAGACUGGAUGAUUCCCACCAGAUCUUGGCUCAGACCAGCCAGGACCUCAGUAACUUCAAUUGGUCACUCAAUGUUCUCUCUUACAAUAAAGCAGGCAACAAAUGUGACAGCCUAGAAAGGUUUGUCAUGGUUGCCAGGACAAUUGUAGAUGAUGCUAAGCAGUUAACCACCUCCAUCAGUAUUAAUGCUGAACUUUUAUUCAAGCAAGCUAAUGUCCAAAAUAAAAAACCUUCAGACACUGUGAACAGUAAUUCAGAGUUUAUGUAUAGCUGCACCAAGCCCCAGCUUAUACAACCAGAUAGUGUUCAGCCAUUGACGCAGAUUGAAAAAGAGCACCUUCCUAAUUUCAAGAGUCGGGAAGGUUCAAUGAGAAGUUGGAUGGAUGAUUACGAUUAUGUCCAUUUACAGGGUAAAGAGGAAUUUGAACGUCACCAGAGAGAACUUUUAGAGAAGGAAAAUAUUACAAAGCAAGGGAAACCACAGCUAGAACAGCAUCAGCUGAGUCAGUUCCAGCAACUGGAGCAGGAGAUUACCACACCAAUGGAAAAUGAUAUCUCAAAGUGGAAGUCGUCUCACAGCGUUCCUGCUGAAAACAGUUCUUUGACUCCUCAAGAUAAGCAACUACUCUCUUUCUACUCUGACCAGUGUGAGACCCUCUUCAUCUCCCUACUUAACUCAAUCGACGCCUUCUUCAAUUGCAUGAGCACAGCACAGCCUCCCAGAAUUUUUGUUGCUCACAGCAAAUUUGUCAUCCUGAGUGCACACAAACUGGUCUUUAUUGGUGACACUCUUUCACGACAAGUUUCCACAAAAGAGAUCUGCCAUAGACUGAUGAAUUCCAGUAACCAACUGUGUGAACUACUUAAAAACAUUGUAAUGGCCACUAAAAUGGCUGCCUUGAACUACCCAAGUGCCGCAUCAUUACAGGAAAUGGUGGACCGUGUGACAGAACUGGACAACCAGGCACAGCUCUUUAAACUUUCUUUGGCACAGAUGGCUUCCUUAUGAGACUUGCCGUAUACAUGAUAGUUGUAUGUAUUGUUCAUUGUUAGAAUUGUACUGUGUAUAUAUAAAAAUAUUAUAUUUUUGUAGAUUUUUAUUGUUUAAAAAGAACAAAAGUGCUUUUUGCUUAAGCCGUGAGAUUUGGUAUGAAAAUUGUAAUAUCUGACAUAUAUAUUACAUUCUGAAAGCCCAGAUGUUCACUCAUUGCACCUUAUGUCAUGUGUAAAUACAAUGAAUUAAGAAACCUUAUUAGACUAGGCCUCUGUAGAAAUACUGUUUUUGUCUCUGUGCCUUUUUUAAAUGUUAAAAUCUGUAGAAAAUGGCAACCAUAGUCGCAGUAGAUCAUAGUCUACUGGGGUCCAGUGGUGAACUUCUCUCACUGUAUCCAGGGAUCUCGCAUUUACACCUACUCCGUUACCACAAUAAGGGAACUAUUCCAAUGUAGUGAAGCAAUUCCUGUACUAUGAAAGUCAUGACUGGCCAGUAUGUAAGAUAUUUGAUCUUCCUUCUACAGUGCUUUGACUUCAUCUGGAAAAGUUGUGUGUUUUUUCGUAAGACUGAUGUUUAGUAUCAAACUACAUUUCAAAGUACCUUUUGGGAAACUGUGUCAUAAUUUAUAAAGGAGUGUUUAUUAUUUUUUAUCAAAGUAAUGUUAUUGCAGUAAAUAGUUACUGUUCUCUAUGUAAAAUGUAUGAACCAAAACAUGAUUUUUUUUUUUAUAAAGAAACUUCCUAAACAAGCCGAUAUUGUUUAUUACUGUUUACUACAUUUUCUGACUUUCCCAGUUAUCAAAUUUUAUAGCCAAUGGGGGGAAUUCAUCAAGCUGU